GUGGCGGGCAAAUUGCUUCAGCCAGAAUCCCCUCAAUUACGUGCUCAGAAGGUCCAGUUCGCUAGGUGGUGGCAGACAUGCCCAGGCGGAGAAGGCUCCAGAGUCGCGGUCCUCAAAGAUCAUCCGAGAGGAAGAAGGUGGACGACGCUGCCCGGGGGGCCCGCGCCAGGCCCGAGACAACGGUCGCCAUGGCGGGGACGGCCUCCUCUCCCGCCACUAAGUCCCGGCCUAGAGCUCAGAGUGCGCUGGCGGCCUCCCUGAGACGCCCGGCUGAGGUUGGUGUGACCUUUGCAGACAUUGCCCUGUACUUCUCAAGGAAAGAAUGGCGUCUCCUUGAUGAAGCUCAGAGAAGUCUGUACCUGGAUGUGAUGCUGGAGAACUUUGAACUUAUAUCUUCACUGGGUUGCUGCUGUGGAGCAGAGGACGUGGACGAACUGAUUGAACAAAACGUUUCUGUACGAGUGGUACAGGCAGAGAAUCCCAAGGUGGCUUUGUCUUCCCAGAAGAGCCACCCAUGUGAGAGUUGUGGGCCAGUGCUGAGAUACAUUUUCCACUUGACUGAAGAGCAGGAAACACAACCCAGCCAGAAAUCACUGCAGUGUGGGGCAUGUGCAAAACGAUUUUACUUCAGUACAAAGUGUCACCAGCACCAAGAGCACCAUGUGAGAGAGAAGCCUUUGAGAAGAGGUGUGGACAGGCUCCUCCUUGCAGAGGGCUGCAAUGUCAGUGUGUCCCAGAAGCUUUUUACCUGUGGGGAGGUUGGACAGGACAUCCUUACUGAGUCAAAACAUCUCCAACAAGAGGCUACUCGCACCAGGGACAGGCCAAAUGGAAUCUGGGCAUCUAGAGACACUACUCAAGGCAGAGAAAAUUAUUUCACCCUGAGUGAGUAUAAAAAAGCCCUUGGCUGCAACCAUGCAUAUGUUCAAAAGAAGGGUGUCCAUAUUGGAAGACAGUGUUUUGUGUGUCAUGAUGGUGGAAAAAAUGUCUCCAGAAUUUGUAGGUUUUGUUAUUGUCAGAGAGUUCCCAGUGGAGAAAAGUCACAUCAGUGCAGUGAAUGUGGAAAAUCUUUUACAAAACUGUCUCAACUACAUCGUCAUCAGACAGUUCACACUGCAGAAAGGCCUUAUCAGUGCCUCAUAUGUGAGAAGUCUUUUAAAAGAAGAAAUAGCCUGUAUGUACAUGGGAAAAUUCACACUGGAGAUAAGUCUCAUGUGUGUGAUCAGUGUGGGAAAAUUUUUAAUAGACGAGAUAAUCUCCUUUCUCAUCAGAGACUUCACACUGGAAAAAGGCCUUAUCAGUGCAGUGAAUGUGGGAAAUCUUUUUUCCGAAAGACUUCACUUCAUUGUCAUCAGAGAGUUCACAACGGAGAAGGGCCUUAUGAAUGCAGUGAGUGUGGGAAAUCUUAUCAGAGUAAAAGAGGACUUUGCUCUCAUAAGAGACUUCACACAGGAAAAAGGCCUCAUGAGUGCAGCGAAUGUGGGAAAUCAUUCUUUCAAAAGAGUGCACUUUGUUCUCAUCAGAGACUUCAUACUGGAGGCAGGACUUAUGAAUGUAGUGAAUGUGGGAAGUCUUUUCAGAGUAAAAUUGGCCUUUACUCUCAUAAAAGUCUUCACAGUGGCGAAAGGCCCUAUGAGUGCAGCAAAUGUGGGAAAUCUUUCUUCCAAAAGAACGCACUUCAUCGUCAUGAGAGAGUUCAUACUGGAGAAAGGCCUUAUGGGUGCAGUGAAUGUGGGAAAUCUUUCUCCCAAAAGUGUAUACUUCGUUUUCAUCAGAGACUUCACACUGGAGAAAGGCUGUAUGAAUGCACUGACUGUGGGAAAUCUUUCCUCCGAAAAAGUGGACUUCAUUGUCAUCAGAAUAUUCACACAGGAGAAAAGCCUUAUGUGUGCAAUGAAUGUGGGAAAUCUUAUUACAGUAAAACUGGCCUUCGUCGUCAUCAGAGUCUUCACACAGGAGAAAGGCCUUAUGUGUGCAGUGAAUGUGGGAAAUCUUACUACAGUAAAACUGGCCUUGGUCGUCAUCAGAUUCUUCACACAGGAGAAAGGCCUUAUGAGUGCAGUAAAUGUGGGAAAUCUUACCGCAGUAGCUCAGGCCUACGUUAUCAUCAGAAUUUUCACACAGGAGAGAAGCCUUAUGAGUGCAGUAAAUGUGGGAAAUCUUACCGCAGUAAAAUUGGCCUGCGCUAUCAUGAGAGAUUUCACACAGGAGAAAAGCCUUAUGAGUGCAGUGAAUGUCGGAAAUCUUAUUGCAAUAAAAUUAGCCUGCGCCAUCAUGAGAGAUUACACACAGGAGAAAGGCAUUAUUAGUACAGUGAAUGUGCAGAAAGUCUUAGAUCUUAAGACAUGUACACGAUUUUACUUUCAUGGUAAAAAUAAAAGGGUAUUCUGUGAAGCCUUGUUUGAAUCCAAUCUCAGGAGCAUCAGCAGUUAGGAGGUUCAACAUAAAAACCUUUCAUUUGUGAAGCCUGUGUGUCCAUGUUGCACUUUCUUGAUUUACCCAGGUGGUUUGCCAAAUCCAUGUCCAUGCAUAUUUCUGCUGAAGGUAUAUCCUGUGUACCACCUAUAAGGCUCCAAGAGAUUCCAUGAGUCAUCGUGCUUGAUGUGGUUAGAAAAGGUAACUGUUCUGUUAUUUGUUGGAGAAAAUUAGGAGUAGCCUAGGUUUUUAGGUUUCUUUUCCUUGUACUCUCACUACUCGGCGCAGUGAUGUGACUCAAUGUGGCCCAGAAAACAUCAUCUGAAUUCAGAUGUCAGCUUGUAGGAGGACUGCAUUUUUGAGGGACAUGCUUUUUUUACAUAACCAGUGAUCAUUUUUGAGUGUGUAGAUCACCAGUGCAGGAACUUCCAGGCUGAUCUCCCUUCGCUUGGUAAAAUAACGGAGGACUUUUUUCCCAAGUCUUCUUUAAACUUGGAUGCUCUGCUUAUUGUGUGUGGUAGUUUAUAAAGAGUUUUGGUCCUCACACACAUCAAGAUGUGAAGAACUUUCAUGUGUGUCUCAACUUUCUCUGCUUCUGUGGAGACAGUUUAGUGCAGAAAUCCACUCAGUGGUUUUUGCCAGAGUUGCAUUCUUGCUCAUAUUCCCCCCCAGGCAAGACUGGGAUUUGUAGUUCUUAUGAGAAUCUUCAAUGCUGUGAGUUUAAGGAGACAUGGUCUUCACUGCAAAGAAGGGGUAGGUAUGACAACCUCAAUAUGUCUGGGAACAGCAUGAUUUUUUUUUUCAUAUAAAGGGUGGCAGUAUUGCAGGGAAUCUCUGGCCCAGUCCUUGGAAAGGGCCAUGUGCCAUAAUGUCUGCAGUUCCAUGGCGGAUGGUCAAGUGGUAGCACCACAGAGGUGAGGGAAAUGAUUACAAGAGAAACACUGCUGUGACAGGUCCUGGAGGAGUCUGAGGAAACUAGACAGAAUGUGUAUUUUCUCAGCGUGCAUCCAGAAACAUUUCUGAGAAAAAGACCGCAGGAUCAGUGUGUACACAAAUCACAGGAGCUGCAGGAAUCUGUUGAUUUUGUCAUUGUCAUUAAAUACAAUCAAAAGGUUUUAUGGCCCUGGCCAGGUUGCCCAGUUGAUUAGAACAUCAUCUUGAUAUGUGAAGGUUCUGAUUUCAAUUCUUGGUCAGGACAGGUACAAGAAAUAACAAAUGAAUGCACACGUAAGUGGAACUACAAAUCCAAAUUUCUUUUUCUCUCUCCCCCUCUCCCUCUCUCUGCCCGCCCCUUUCUCCUUCUCCCUCUCUCCUCUCCAUUUCUGUUUCUCUCUAAAACGAAUACAAAUUUUUAAAGAGUUUGUGAAUUUUUGUCACCUCUGAGAUAUUCAUGUUGGAGCCACUAGCGCCCUGGUAGAAAAAAGAAUGAAGAAAAAGCGAAUCUAUGUUCAGGGAUGUAGCUAUUUUGACCCAACCAGCAAUGCUGUUGCUUUCAGUGAUGUUUUUACUUUUUGCUUUAUUUGCUGUUACUGAGGCAAAGUGUCACACAGAGCACAUGAAGAAAUGAAUUGAAUAUAGAGUUGCUAAGCCUAUUUUCAAAGUGAGUUGCUUGUACAGAUUUUAAAUAUAUUGAUCUACUUUUAAAAUGUUACAAUUAGUAAACAUAUUUCAAGUAUAAUGGUUGAUCAGUCUUCACUUAUACAUGACAUUGAAACCAUCACCAUUGUCAUAGUACUGACCAUUACUGUUUCUGGGAAUUUACCUUCUGGCCAUUUUAAUCUCUCCUACCCCUCACUACUCUGGAAGUAAACAAUGAUUUUUGUUCCAUUCUAAUAAAUAGUUUCUAAUUUCUUAAUUUUAGAUGGUGCAAAUACCAUUCUGCUAUCAUAUACAUUGCAUAUGUAUUUGGAGAUUUCUUAAUGAUAUAUUAAUGGCUCAUCUGCUUUUGCUGAGAAAUAAUUCUGUUUUAAGUAUAUUUUAUUGAUUAUUCUCUUAACGUCCCAUUUCUUGUCCCCUUUCUUUCUCUAUACCCUGUACCCCACUCUCACCAGCAUUCCCCCUCCCCCUUAGUUCAUGUCCAUGGGUCAUAUCAUUUCUUUGGCUUCUCCAUUUCCUAUACCAUUCUUAGUGCUGAAACUGGUGCAGCUGGAUGGGUCAGGUCGAGAGGGAAGGCCACGGGAGAUUAAGAAAUAAAGAGAUGAGUGGAAGUGGGGUCAGGUGGAGUCCCUUCUCAAGACUUGGGGCAGCAGAUGCAGGGCCAGUUCAGUUAUUGCUUAGAGUUUUAUAAAUUUGUUUAUUGGUAUGAUCUGAAAUUUUAUUUUUAGAAAAUGAUUUGGAAUAGGUCAGAGCUCUUCCAUGGAUUUGUAAAUGUUGAGACUUAUUUGUAAACGGGUGAGAACAAAACAGCAGCUGUCUUUAGAUGACAAAAAAUAAAUGACCUGCUUAUAGGUCUGAUUCCAAUGUGAUUCUCGGGGAUCUCCCUCUUUUGCACACAACACCACAUCCCAAUCACUUUCUGAACAUGGGUGGGCACUGUUAGACUCUUGGAGAUUUACAUACCCUGUAGAAUGUUUGUUACU